CUGAACGCAAACGCAAACGCAACCUCUGCAGCAUGAUUUGUUUUCACAGUGCCGGCGCCGCUCUCGUGCAGAACUCACGCGUUCCGGCUGAAAGGAGUUUAUGGAUGAUAAGAUCGAGGUCUGUCAACAGGACACAGAUUAAGAAUUAUCGUUGAAUAAAAGUUAUGGGGACACGAAAAGUUUUGGUGACAGGAUGCUCCUCUGGAAUUGGUUUGGCGGUGGCUGUCCGUCUUGCAAAAGAUGAAUUAAGGCGCUUCAAAGUUGUGGCUACUAUGAGGGACCUGGAUAGGAGAGAAGCUCUGGAGAAAGCAGCUGGAGAAACCCUCAACAGAUCCCUGGAGAUCCGACAGCUGGAUGCCACCUGUGAGGACUCCAUCAGAGAGUGUGUCAACAGCUUGUCAGAUCGACGAGUGGAUGUGUUAGUGAAUAAUGCCGGUGUGGGUAUGAUUGGUCCUUUGGAGUGUCAGAGUGUAAGUGAUAUGCAGGAACUCUUCAACACUAACUUCUUUGGCCUGGUGAGACUGGUGAAGGAACUGCUGCCUGACAUGAAGCAGCGUCAGAGUGGACACAUCGUAGUGAUGAGCAGCGUCCUGGGCAUCCAGGGACUACUUUUCAAUGAUGUAUAUGCUGCCUCUAAAUUUGCUGUAGAGGGGUUUUGUGAGAGUCUUGCUGUGCAAGCUAUGAAGUUUAAUGUCAAGAUGACGUUAGUGGAGCCAGGCCCAGUUGUAACUGAGUUUGAGAAGAAAGUGUAUGAAGAGGCAGAGAAGAUGGAUCUGUCUGAGACUGAUGAGGAAACGGCUCGCAUCUUCCGUCAGAUCUACCUGCCAUAUUCACAAAAAGUUUUUAACUCAGUUGGGCAGACACCUGAGGACGUGGCAGAGCAAACUCUCCAGCUGAUUGGGUCCAAGAACCCUCCAUUUCGUCAUCAGACCAAUCGUUUGUACAUGCCACUGACUGCCAUGAAGCAUGCUGACCCUACAGGGCAACUACCUAUAGAUGCAUUCUAUAAAAUGAUCUUCCAGCAUGACCGUAUGCUCAAUGCUACUCUGAGUAUUCUACGCAUAUUUCACAGGAGAAUGGGACAAGGUGCUGCCUAAAAAGGCCUCCGAAGAUUUUUAUGUAGAAAACCAAUUAAAAAACAUCUUAGAGACAGUUUAAUGGCCCAAAAAGUGGUUAGUGCUCAAUGCAAAUAAUAAAAUGCAACAAACCACAAUUAGUAUAGCAACAGUUUUGCUACUGUGGUCGGUACUUGAUGUCCAAUGUAAAGUCUGGAUCCUGAAGCACUGUUCUGACUUUAACCUUAAGAUAGUUAUCAUGAUCAAAUGCAUAAUGUUUAUUUGCAAAUUGCAGUGUGUAACAGCUCUAGUGCCCUUAUCAUGGUGUCAUUGUCUUUAACAGUGAAGGGGCUGUAUGUACAGUAGAAUUUCAGAAAAACUUCCACUGGUGGCCAUUAAGUGAACUGCAGCCAGCAACUAAAGAUUCUAUGCUGUGAACUUUAAAUAUUUCACAUACUUUUGAAACUCCAGUGUUUAGUUGAUCCUGAUAAGCGCUCGUCAUUGCAGUUGUAAACACCACAGCUUUCUUUUGUGAGGGAGUUUGGAGCCACGGCAUCUUUGUUUCCAGGCAGAACGUUAAAGAACGCGACACACACAUCUCCCGGAAAUCCUGUAGAAUUCAACCAAUCCGAUGACGACUUCGACACUCCUGCAGUGUUUCCACUUUUGUCUCCCAUAUGUUAUUUUAUUUUAUUUUAUUUUAUGUAAAUAUAGGUCAUGGUUUCCUCUGUUAAAUCACUGUGCAAUAAAACACUGUCAAC